CACCUGGCGCCCCCGUCACCACCUGGCGCCCCCGUCACCACCUGGCGCCCCCGUCACCACCUGCCGCCCCCGUCACCACCUGCCGCCCCCGUCACCACCUGGCGCCCUGAUGCAUCUCUGGAAAUCUAGUCGUGUGUUCUUGGUUGUGUUGACGUGUUGUGGUUCCUCCAUACAAGGGUCGGAGGUCCACCUCCAGGUCAUCAAGGCGGAGGGUAACACUGGCCCCGAGGUGGAGGUGUCGUGGACGCUGCCUCACUCUGGCCUCUCCCUCACCUGGGCCGCCCUCACAUAUACCUCUCAGGUGGCGUCUAAGGAAGUAGGUGCUCAGCGCCUGGAGUCGAGUGCGAGCAGCUUCGUGAUCAGGGAGGGACUCAAGUUCGAGCAGCAGUACCGAGUGUGUGUGUCCUGGGAGGCGCCCGGGUGCCGCCACCUCCCCUCCCUCUGUAGCUUCCUCAAGGUGCCCAGGCGGCCGCCCUCCCUCGCUCACAAAGGUCCGUCCCUCUACCUGGUGCUGGGGCCCGUCCACAGCAAGAACGUGACGGUGGUGUGGGGGGAGACGCCCCCCCUGCACCCUAGCGACCACCAGCCCUCCCCCAGGGGGUUCAGGGUGGCCUGGAGGAGGGUGGAGGGCCGCGUCGGCCACCCUGGUCACUCCUCCACCAUCGUCUCCAACAAGCACCUCAUCAGAGGACUCAUCCCAGGCACAAGGUAUGAGGUGUGUGUCGGAGAGACUGUGGCCUCUGACUCCCAGCUGACCUGUGACGUCAUCACCACGGCUGAGGAUGUGCCAGGGCCGCCAGUGACGGAGGCUGGGACAUGCAGCAGCCAGGCGCAAGGCACCCAUUGGCGCUGUGACGUGACCUGGAGUACUCCGGACACCACUAAUGGCAGGAUCACAGGGUACCUGGUGGAGUGGAAGGACAAGGAGGGGUACGUGCUGAUGGAGUCCGCAGGCCGCGGGGUGCUGUGUGACCCGACCUGCUACCACAGUCAGGUCGUGACCUUCCUGCCCUCCGAGGUCUGUGUCACCGCUGCCACCACCGCCGGCCACGGCUGGCACAGCUGCGCUCCCAUACACGGCGUGAGGGAGAGACUGCUGGCGCUGUUGGAGCUGAAGGUGUUGGUGAUCAUCGGAGCGACGGUGCUGAGUUACCAGCUGGGCCCCGCACUCCUCAGGGCUCUCCUACACUGCUGCAUCCGAGGUCUGUACCGGCACGUGGAGGGAGAGAAACAGCAUCCCAUCUGAGAAUAAAACCUCUUCCUCGC